GCUGUGGAAGUUUGCAGGGGGCGUGUGAGAGAGCGCAGCCGACAGAAGAGAGGCACAGGCGGGCGGUCCUUCACUCUCAGCUCUCCACACUCGACCCACGGCCCCUGCUGUCUGCGCCUGCCCGAACUUAGCGCACACUUUGCCUCCAAAACACCGCUAUCUGACCGGCUUCUCCGACCGCACCGCUAAGACUUGACUAAACACCGCAACGGAGCAGAUCAGUUAAGCGGCAGCAUGUCCGCCCGCGCAGACUCUGAGGUGAAGGAGCUGAGCCCAGUCGACUUCAUACAGCUGCAGCAGUACAUCGAGUAUUGCAGCCUGAAGGUGAAGGACGUGCUCCGAGAGUUUGACCCAGAUGGCAGCCUGGCGCGGCACAGGCACGGAGAGUGCAUCAAUGAGGAGGGCUUCCGUCUGUUCCUCAAGACAUAUUUGGAGGUGGAGGACUUCCCUGCGGACCUGUGCCAGAGACUCUUUCGCUCAUUCCAAAACUCCAAAGACUCCACAGACACUGCCAAGGAGGUCUUUCUGAAGGAUGUGUCCUGUUACUUUUCUCUCCUGGAGGAUGGACAACCGAGGGACAAGCUGGAGUUUGCUUUCAAACUGUAUGACAGAGAUGGUAAUGGGGUCCUGGACAGCUCUGAAGUGGACAGAAUCAUUGCUCAGAUGAUGCAUGCUGCAGAGUACCUUGGCUGGGAUGUUUCAGAGCUACUUCCUGUUUUAAAGGACAUGAUGACCGCCAUAGACGCAGACAGCAGUGGCACCGUGUCCCUGGACGAGUGGGUGAACGGGGGCAUGAACAACGUCCCUCUCCUGGUGCUCCUCGGGCUAAAGAUGACACAAAAAGAUGGACAGCACCUCUGGAGGAUGAAGCACUUCAAUAAGCCUGUGUACUGUAACGUGUGUCAGAGCAUGCUGCUGGGGCUCAGGAAGCAGGGCCUGUGCUGCACCUGCUGUAAGUACACAGUCCACGGCCGCUGCGCCAACAGGAACCCUGCGCCCUGCACCAAGACCUACGUGAAAUCAAAGAAAGAUACAGGGGUUCCAACACACGACUGGGUGAGUGGGAACUGUGAUUCGAGGAAGUGUGAUAAAUGCCAGAAAAAAAUCAAGAGCCUUCAGGGUUUAACGGGCAAACACUGCGUCUGGUGCCACACGAUGCGUCAUGAUGAAUGUGCUGAGCUGGAGCCCAAAGAGUGCAGCUGUGGGCUGCUCCGGGACCAUAUCCUUCCUCCGUGGGCCAUAUAUCCUGUAAUAAAGGAAAGAGCAAACGGUUGUUCAGGAUCUGCAGACGACAGUGACCUCAAUACGACUCCAGAUGGACAAGUGCUGCAGAUCUGCCCUGUGCCCAACACUCACCCACUGUUAGUGUUUGUGAAUCCCAAAAGUGGAGGCAAACAGGGUGAAAGAAUCUUACGGAAAUUCCAGUAUUUAUUAAAUCCAAGACAAGUUUACAAUCUCUCAAAUGGAGGACCAGGCCCAGGUUUGAGUUUUUUCAGAAGUCUGCAGGACUACAGGAUAUUAGUGUGUGGGGGGGACGGCACAGUGGGCUGGAUUCUCGAUGCUAUUGAUAAGGCCAACCUAAUGGUCCGACCUCCUGUUGCGGUACUUCCUCUGGGCACAGGAAAUGACCUCGCUCGCUGCCUCAGAUGGGGAGGAGGAUACGACGGUGAGGAUUUGUGCCGUAUUUUGAAAGAGAUAGAGUUGAGUGCAGAGGUGAUGAUGGACCGCUGGAGCUUUAAAGUGAUUGCGGAUGAAACCCAAGAAGAGGGAGACCCAGUGCCGUACGAAAUCAUCAACAACUACUUCUCCAUCGGGGUGGAUGCUUCUAUUGCACAUCGGUUUCACACAAUGAGGGAGAAACAUCCACAGAAGUUUAACAGCAGGAUGAAGAAUAAGUUGUGGUAUUUUGAAUUUGCAACUUCUGAAACCAUUUCUGCUUCUUGCAAAAAACUCAACGAAAAUCUAACUAUUGAGUGUUGUGGCACCCCUCUCGAUCUCUCGGGCCUCUCGUUGGAAGGGGUCGCGGUCUUAAAUAUUCCCAGCAUGCACGGCGGUUCCAAUCUGUGGGGGGAGACCAAGAAAAGUGAUGCCAAGUCAAGUCCAGACGAGCCAGAAGUCAUAGUUGACCCAGAAGUGCUAAAAGUAACUUCACAAGAUCUGAGUGACCGUCGUGUGGAGGUGGUUGGCCUGGAAGGGGCGAUGGAGAUGGGGCAGAUUUAUACUGGACUGAAGAGCGCAGUGAGACUCGCCAAGACCUCCCAGAUCACCAUCAGGACAAAGAAGGCCCUCCCAAUGCAGAUCGACGGAGAGCCGUGGAUGCAGCCUCCAUGCACGAUUAUCAUCACGCAUAAGAAUCAAGCCAGCAUGCUGAUGGCUCCUGCUCAGGCCAAAUCAACUGGAUUCUUCAAGUAAAACUGACAGUCAUGUGUCUAAUGUACAUAAAACUAAUCUUAUAAAUAAUAUAUGAAAUGUUAUGAAUGUCGAUGUAGAAAUAACCGUAUAAAUUCUUCAACGGUCUACAUAUCGUUCACAUAUAACCGAAGCAUGGCGCUAUAGGAAUACAAACUGUACACUGCAAAAAAUGACUUUCUGCAUUGGUUAAAAUGAUUCAAGAUUUUAAAGUUUGUGGUAUUUAAAGGUCCUAUAUUACGCUAAAUUGACUCUGUGAGUUUUUAGACAUGUUAUUAUAAUGCUGUUACCUCAUCAAAAACACACCUGGAGUUGUGUUUUUUCAUUCACACAUGUUUGAGUAACACUUUAUUAUUAGUCUGUCUACAUCUCUAAAGCUCAAAAUGCUCUGUUCCACCUUGUGAUGUCAUGAAGCUGUAGUUUUCAGGAACAUUUUUCCUUUUGUUGAGCAGAAAUUGGCAAUUCCAGCACUGAAAUUAUCCAAAUGAUUCUAGUGAAAGUAUGUUUUUAAUGAGGAAACAACAUUAUAACAUAGAUCAGGAAAAAUAUGAGCCCUUUAAGUUUUUAGUUUUUUUCUGAAGUUUGUUUUUAAAUAAGAAACAAUAUCAUGAAACCAGCCUGAAUUUUAGACAAAGUAAAAUAACGUAGGUUUUAUAAGUAAAUAAACCUAAGUUAAAUCUUGUCUGUUCUACUCAAAUUACAAUUGUUUUUAAUUAAUUGUUUUAACUAUAGUAGACAUCAUUUUUUGCAGUGUAUGUUACAGUUACGUUGCAUUGUGGCAAAAUGACCAAACUUUACCUUUAACAAUAGAAACUGUAGAACGCUUUUAGACAAACUGCAAACUACUGCUAUAGGCUGGAGACGUGGCCGUUUAUGCUUGCUGUGAAUGUUAAGCCAGUAUUAAACUGGGACGACAACUAGGAUAGAACAAGGAGUUAGUCUGCACCUAAACUAUGAAUAAAAUCAGAACUAAACCCGAACUAAAUCUGCUUUCAAAGUGGGACUAAAACCAGGACUGAACCAGGACUGUGCAAGGCAAUGUAGGAAUGAACAGGAAUAAACCAAGACUACAGCUAGGACUGAAAGAUGGACUAAAACCAGGAUUAAAUUAGGACUACAACUAGGUCUAAACCACACAAAUAAAAACAGGACAGUUAAGUGCCAUGAACUAAUUCUAAACGACAGCAAAGACAGAAAGUUCUAAGUAAAACUGGUCUAAACCUAAGACUUAAAUCAGGACUACACCAGGACUGCAACUUGGACUAAAUCUACACUACAAGUGGGACUAAAACCAGGACUGAACUGGGACUAUAACUAGAACUAAUCCAGGACUAAAACUAAACUGAACCUAAACUAAAUCAUGACUAAACUGAACCAGGAUAAAUGUAAAACCAGGCCAAAGACACAAGGAAACCAAGACUAGAACAGGACUAAAAUGGAUGUCAACAUAUUGGCCUCAGUAUUUCUAUUAUUUUGUGCACGACGCUGGCUGAAAGCACUAGGCUGUAUAAAUGGAACGGCAAAGCUUCAUGUGCCUUUAUUAUAAUAUCAAUAAUCAAUAACUUUGGCUUUAGCAGCAGCAUAGCACUGUAGAUAGAUGUGCACUGACCGAACAGUAUUGUGUCAUUGAAGGAUACACGGCAAAAAAUAUAAAACUUACACGAGUUACAGUGCCAUUCAUUUUGAAGAUUUGUCUUAUUUUAAGUGUUUUAUGUGAAAUAAAAAUAUACAUUUUAACUUAAUCCGUUACAUCUGACAAUACGAAAUAAUGCAUUUACUUGAAGACAAUAUAUAACUGUGUAGUUUUGACUAGUGUAAAUAGUUUUAAUAAAAUCUAAAUAGUUAUCUGCCAGUCGUGUAAAAAAACUGCACUAUUUAAUCAACCUGUCUUUAAUGUUUGUCUGCUGCAGAUAAUUCAUCUUAAAAUAAAAUACUAAAAUAAGUUCUGAAAAGAGGAUAGAUUUCUGGAAUUCUGCUGAUUUUAACUUGUGUAAUUUUUAUUUUAUUUUUUGCUGUGAAUUGGGGGGCUGUGGCUUAAUUUAUUUACUCUUUUACAUUUUUACAUAUUUGACAAAUACUUGAAGGUGUUUGUGGGAACAAUAGGACAAUCAUUGCCAAAGGGGUUUUCUGUGGAUCUGAACUGGUGUGAGUAAAACUAGGGAUGUCACGAUGUCAACAUUUUAACAAUAAUAUGUGAAAAGAACCACAAUCACAUUUUACAUUUGUCAUAUUUAUUUCUUUGUUUAUUGUUGGUCCCCAGUAGCAAAGUCCAUGCAAGUAUAAAUUAUUACUAAAGGUGAUUAUGUAUUUUUUUUGGUGGAGUCUACCACCUGAUUAAACCAUAGGCAUAUUGUGAUGUAUCUCCACGGAGACAAACACCAAGUUAAAGGUUGGAUACGUCUGUGGAGAGCCGAGUAAUGUAGUAAAGAAUGUGAAGGAUUUUUGAGCAAUAAAACACCUGUAAUUUAAAGAUCAGGUAGAUAGAUAUGUUUAAUACCUUAUUUUGGAAUAUUCCAGGUCAAGAAAUAACAUCUCGAUGAAGAUGAGCAGAUGGUGGACCCUACACCAGAAAAGUACAUAAUGCCCCUUUAAAUUCUAGCUUAUAAAUCCACAAAUUCACCUAAAUCAAACCUUUUGAUUCAAAUGUAUUUAUUUCAUUGAACAUGCGUCUUUAAGUCUGGUUUACAUGUUGAUACUUUGCAGUGACGUCACGCUAGGGCUGUUCUACAUGUAUGUCUAUGGUGAAAUGUUCAGCAGUUACCAUGGAGACACAAUGCGCACAAAACACAAAAAGUGUUUUAAAUGGUCUGAAAACUCGAGAAAAAAAUGACAUCAGCUGCAAAGUAUCAGUAGGUUUAUUCAUAUAUUUUUAUAGCGUUUUCCAAUUAUCCUGCAGUAAUAUUUUGUUAUAAUUUUUAUCCACGAUUAUGUUAAAUUGUUUAAUCUUGACAUCCCUAGUGAGCUCUGACGGACUGCUGUAUUUUAAUAUUUUCAGAAGCUGACACCACUUUUACUUUUUAGGAUUUUGAUUCUUAACUAAAUAGUUGAGACCAAUUUAAUAUAUAGUGUUAAUUUAAUUGUAAUGUAAUUUAAUAUGUAGGGAAUGUUGUAGUAUAUUGCCUGGUAAAUAAGAGCAUUAAAAACUCAAAAGUGUUUGGUCCAUUUAUUUCAGGAUGCUGUGUUUAAAAUAAUGUUCGAUGGUUUUGAAACAGCAGGGGGCGCUGUGUCUCUCUAGUGGACUUUAACUGUGGUAUGGUGGUACUUGAGAUUAAAUGUAAGUAAUAAUGAAACUGCAUCAUGACAUCAAAUAAACAACAGCAAUAAUAU